UAUCAUGUGACACAUGUCUGUGUGUCUUUCCGGAAGAAGGCUGAAGAAGGCGUUUUGUAGUGUAUUUUUUUUGACAGAAAUCGACAUUUAAUCGUCAAACAUGUUUUCUUUUUUCCAAAGGAUCUUAGAUUGGUUCAAGAGCCUUUUCUGGAAAGAGGAAAUGGAACUCACAUUAGUAGGACUUCAAUAUUCGGGGAAAACGACGUUUGUUAAUGUCAUUGCAUCUGGUCAGUUCAGUGAAGACAUGAUUCCAACUGUAGGCUUUAAUAUGAGGAAAAUUACAAAAGGAAAUGUCACCAUAAAGUUGUGGGAUAUUGGUGGACAGCCGAGGUUUCGAAGUAUGUGGGAAAGAUAUUGUCGAGGAGUCAAUGCUAUUGUAUUUAUGGUUGAUGCUGCGGAUCAUGAUAAGUUAGACGCGUCAAGAAAUGAACUCCACAAUUUGUUGGAUAAACCACAGUUACAAGGUAUUCCGGUCUUAGUUCUAGGAAAUAAACGCGAUCUUCAAGGAGCAUUAGAUGAGAAGGAACUGAUCGAAAAGUUGAACUUAUCUGCUAUACAAGAUCGGGAAAUAUGCUGUUAUUCUAUAUCAUGUAAAGAAAAGGAAAAUAUAGACAUAACGUUACAGUGGCUUAUACAGCAUUCCAAAUCUGGCCACUAGAUGUCACUACUGAUAAUUGUGGGUGUGGCUAAUUGAAUGAUUGACAGUGAGUGACUAGAAAUUGACAAUUCAAUACUUGAUGUGUUUCAAACUGUUUGAUACAACUUUAAAACAACAAGAAUCAUCGUUAAACAAGAGUUUACACGAGGGGGUGCGAAUACUUCAACCCCUGUUAUCAUUCUUAGAGUAGGAACACCUCUUUAAGGGGUGGUUCUUACGAUGUCAUAUUUUAUCUGGGAGUAUAAAUACAGGGUUUGGAAAGUUAGCAUAUUUCUUCAUCCAGUAUUUGUUGGGAUCAAAACUUCAAUUUUUUAAGGAAUUUUUACUUAAAGGAGUGUUAAGAUUAUACCUGUGUCUAUAAUUUAUUGGAAUUAAUCAAUCUUUGAUCAUGCUAAUUACUAAAUUAAUUAAUUGGUCUCUAAGUAUUUUUUACUUAAAGGAAAGUUACAAUUAUACCUGUCUCAAUAAUUAAUUGGCAUUAAUAAGUUUUUGAUACUCAUUGCUAAAUUAAUUGGCAUCUUAAAUAUGUUAAAUAUGCAGAUUAAUUGAAAUAUUCCAGCAGUUGUAUAAAACACCCUCAAUGUGAACCCUUUACUGUAAAUAUAAACUAAUUUAAGAAGUUGGAUUUUAAAACCCUUAUUUAAGAAAAUGUCGUUUUUGGAUACAGUAAGUGACCAUAAUAUAUUAUUAUGUUUUUUUUACAAUAUCCAUCCCUGUUGGUCACCAACAAUUUUAUCAUGGUGUCCAAUUGAAAUUAUUUUGUUUUUCCACAAAUUAAUUGUGUGUCAAGAACUGAUGAAAUUUAAACCUUUUAGGCAAGCACCUUAUUUCCUGUGUAGUUUGAUUAAUUAAGCUAUGAUUAGAAACUGGUUUCGUUUAAAUGAUAAGGGUUUAAAUCUUGUGUAUUUGAUUAGACACUAAAACUGGUUUCGUUUAAAUGAUAAGGUUCCCAAUCUUAUGUAUUUGAUUAGACACUAAAACUGGUUUCGUUUAAAUGAUAAGGGUUUAAAUCUUGUGUAUUUGAUUAGACACUAAAACUGGUUUCGUUUAAAUGAUAAGGGUUUAAAUCUUGUGUAUUUGAUUAGACACUAAAACUGGUUUCGUUUAAAUGAUAAGGGUUUAAAUCUUGUGUAUUUGAUUAGACAUUAAGAACAGUUCUGUUUAAAUGAUCUAGUUCCCAAUGUAUGUAUUUCUACUCCCUGAUAUAAAUAUUGAUGUGUGUAUUUGUUUGUAUAUUGACCUAUUCAAUUGUAUGUUUGACAUAAAUAACUUAUUCUUA